GUCAGUCGAAUGUUGUUAGUGGUCGGAAAGGUUGGUUAGAGCUCUCGAAUUUGGGUAAUGGUGUUUUGUAUCAUAAUUUUAAUUGAUACUACACGUCAUAUUUACCCAUGAGUUUUAGUCGAGAAAGAGAGUAAAUGAGACAACUCAGUACUGCAAGAAUGGCGUCUUACGUGGUAUUGUGGUUUGUGGCCUUAGUGCAACUUUAUUUUGACAGUGUGUUGACAUUUAAUCUCGAAUCACGUCUACCUGUUAUCAAAUUGGGUGAUGUCCCUGGUUCUUAUUUUGGAUAUUCAGUUGCCGAGCAUCAGACAGUUGAUGAAAUAACCAACAAAAUAGAUGGUAAUUGGUUACUCGUGGGGGCGCCAUUGGGCAAGAACCUGCAGCCUGGUACAAAUCAUUCUGGGGCCCUCUACAGAUGUCCAAUAACAACGAACGUGAAUGACUGUGAACAGGUUGUAACUGAUGGGAAGAGAAAUCCUGAAGAUGGGCAGUACGAACCGUCGGUGGACUCCAAGAAUCUUAUGCCGCCUGGAGAGGACGAGAUAAAGGACGGUCAGUGGCUGGGUGUGACCGUCCGCAGCAUGGGACCCGGCAAAAAAGUUAUGGUGUGUGCUCACCGCUAUAUGAGAAAGGGUUCUGACUACCAGUGGGGACAAGGUCUAUGCUACACGCUAAGUCAGUUUUUGGACUACGACGAGACAUGGGAACCUUGCAAGGGCAGACCUACCAACAGAGCGCAUGAGCAGUAUGGCUACUGUCAGGCGGGAACAAGUGGUUUACUUCUGGAUGACACAGCAGUGAUUGGAACCCCUGGACCAUACACCUGGCGUGGGACACUGUUUGUCAUCAGCGUAUCAGAUAACUUCCUGAAUCGGGACAAGACUACUUACCAUGGACCCUUACUAGAACACGAAUCGCCUGUUGAUAAGUACAGCUAUCUGGGAAUGUCUGUAACUGCAGGACAGUUCUUUGGCAGUAAGAUUGCAUAUGCUGCUGGCGCACCAAGGGCAAAUGGAACUGGUCAGGUUGUAAUCUUCACCAAGAAACGUCCAACAGAGAAUCCAAUGGAUGUGCGGCUGAUACUCAGUGGGGAGCAGUUUGCUUCCAGCUUUGGAUAUGAACUGACAAACGCUGAUAUCAACGGAGAUGGAUUUCCUGAUCUUGUAGUGGGUGCUCCGUUCUUCUUCAGUCGAGAGGAAGGAGGUGCUGUGUACAUUUAUACUAACAACAAGAACCACUGUCUGGACUGCAAGAAACCCUUAAGACUGACAGGAAAACCAGAAUCCAGGUUUGGUUUUGCUAUUACAAACCUUGGAGACCUAAAUUCUGAUGGUUAUGAAGACAUUGCAGUUGGUGCCCCAUAUGAAGGGAACGGAGCCAUAUACAUUUACUUGGGGUCUGAACAAGGACUCAUUCCUGAGCCCUCACAGAUCCUGUAUGCUGAAGAUCUCCGAACGAAUGGUGUGCCAAUCAAAACGCUUGGUUACUCCCUGAGUGGCGGAUUAGACUUAGAUCAGAAUGGUUAUCCUGACCUCAUGAUUGGAGCAUAUGAUGUUGAUGCAGUGGUGUUGCUGCGUGCUCGACCCAUAAUCAAUAUCCUGACGAGUGUCGAGCCAUCAGCCAAUCUGCAAAACAUUGACCCCAGCCGGAUAGGCUGCCCAAAGCAUCCCAACGCUAACCAUACCUGCUUCUCGUUUGCUGCCUGUGUGUCGAUGAAGGUCACCACGAACCUGACGCUCAACUACAGUAUUGAGGCUGAAACAUUCCAGAGUGGACGCAAGUUCUCACGAGUUUGGUUUGGUGGGCAGGAAGGUGACAAGAAACAGUCUCACAUAGUGAGGAAGAGAAUUGAAAUGAAAUUUGACCCUUUACGACGCAGAGGAGAUGUUAAGAAGUGUGAAACAGAGAUAGUGUACCUGAAGGAAAACCAGCGAGAUAUCCAGUCACCAAUCAAAUUCCAGCUGAAGUAUGAGUUGGUACAGAAAGAACCCCCAAGGCUCAUACCAGGUCAGCCACUGCCCGAUAUUGAUGAUUACCCAGUUCUGAACCAGCAAGAGGCAGCCAAGACGUUUCAGGCAACAUUCCAGAAUGACUGUGCUGGCGAAAUCUGUGUCAGUCAGCUGUAUCUUGAAACACGACUCCUCUUGCCGUCAGGGCGACAUCCCGAUACUUGGGAUCUGAUCAUGGGUGAGCAAGAGGCGGUCAGGCUCAACGUGACUGCCUACAACUAUGGCGAGUCUGCAUACGAUGCCUGGCUCUUUGUGUCUCAUCCUGCCAGCCUUAAUUACACUGCCUACAAGACUGAAAGUAAGCACAUGAGCUGCACCCCGCAUAACAAGACACUGAUAAAGUGCAAUAUUGGCAACCCUUUCAAGCAAGGCACUCCUGCCAACAUUCUGCUGCGGUUUGAUCCCAAGGGUCUUGCAGAUACAGAAUCACAGCUGGAGUUCGUUGUAUUUGCCAACUCAACAUCAAAGGAACUAGAUGCUCAGGCGCCAUCAGUUCUGCACAUCAACGUCAUUCGCAGAGCAGAGAUCUCUGUCACAGGUUCUGUGCAUCCUGAUCACGUUUACUAUGGAGGAGUCGUGCGUGGAGAAUCAGCCAUGGGCUACUUGGAUGACAUUGGCGAGAGGGUGAUGCAUACUUACCACAUCUUCAAUCAGGGACCUUGGAAAGUUGGUAGUCUUGAAGUGCAUAUAGAGUGGCCAUUCCAGGUCGCUAACAACAAGCCUCAAGGGAAAUGGCUGCUGUACCUUGAGGACAGACCCACUGUAGAAGGCCAGGGUGGUGGAGAGUGUUUCAUUGCACAAAGUCAAGUGAAUCCGUUGAACCUGACUCGACGUCCUGGAGUGGAGGAGCCCCCUCUGGAAGCUCUGACCCUCCCUGCAAGGCCUUUAGCUGCUACUGUGGAACCCUUGGAUUCCACCUGGGAACCAGAGCGACCUCAUACUCGACGUAGGAGGCGAGAUAUUGAGAUGGUUGUCAGAGCUGAGUCUUAUGUAGACAAAGAUGGGAACAAGCAUGAACUUGUUAAUAUGAACUGCCUCCUGGGAACAGCGAAAUGUUUAAAAUUUCAUUGUGUGGUAUUUAACUUGCGAAGGAACCAUGAGGCUACCAUCAGGAUACGAGCCAGGUUAUGGAACUCAACAUUAGUAGAAGAUUAUCCAAAAGUAUACUCGGUGAAUAUUAAAUCACGGGCAAAGAUGCAUUUGCCACCUGGUCUGAUGAUCCUUCAGAACCCUGCAGAUGAUGAGGCACAGGUGGAGACGAUUGCUUACCGAGACCCUUUGGAUCAGCAGGAGCCCGAGCCUGUACCAGUAUGGAUAAUAAUUGUAGCAAUAGUGGCAGGCCUGUUACUGCUUGUCCUUAUCAUACUCGUGCUGUGGAGACUUGGCUUCUUCAAACGGCGACGUCCUGAUCCAACCCUUUCAGGGAAUCUGGAGAAGCACCGAGACGAAAAUGGCGAUUACUCAUCGUAAUAACUAACAGUCAGGUUCUUUAGAGUGGGAAUAUGAACAGUUGUUUCCCCGCCUUUCAUCCUGAUACCAGUGAUAUAUGGGAAUACAGUGUGUGGGCUGCCGUCCUUGUCCAGUAACAAGUUGAAUGUACAAAUGGCUGCAGCAUUCAGUGCAAUACGAGGCUUGCUUUGUGUAGAUAAAGUAGUUCCUUCAAACAGUAGUGAUGUCAGACCCGAAUUCACUUUCUGCAAGUCUGUUGCUAUGGGCUGUAGAAAAAUCCUUGUUCAGUACUGGCUGGUGCAUUCUGAAUGCUGACAGAACAUGGGCUCGAUAACUAUGGUAUUGGGGUUUAGUUCCUAGCAGAAGCAAGGGAGCCUCCAGACUGGCUGUGGUGCCCACCCAGCCUCCUGUCCAAUGGCUACCAAGGGCUAUUUUCCCAGAAGUUAAGCAGCGGGGAUGUAUAGGUGACCACUCACCUCCGUCUGGUGCCAAGGUUAAGAACUGUGAAUCUGUACUUGCACUCCCCAAUGUGUCUUAAUGGCAUUGUACCUAAUUAAUUAGGUAUGGGGAAUACUUUACCUUCAUGAAAAUUUAAUGAUUCAGGAAAGACUUGUGGGCAAGUUAGGUGUAGAAAGUGUUGGAAGUCAUAGAAUUUAAAUAAGAUCUAAAAGUUUGUGCUGAGGGUACAUUAGUACAAAUAUUAUGUUUUUUGACCCUAUCCAUUGU